AUGUUGCUUGUCGACCAGAGUUGGUCGCUUAUUUUGAACAUAAUCAUUAAAGGAUAUUUACAAGGCAACACAAUUUGUGUCCUGUGGCAUGAUGACUACGAAUUCCAACCACAGAACACAGCUCAAGAUUAUUCAAGUUUUCUGAAUAUCCAAAUUGCCACACUCUCCGAGAGUUUUAAAGACAAUGUGGUCGAUGCUGCUGCCAGGGGACAACAGUUGAAGGAGCUGGACUUAAGCUACGAUGAUUUGAUGCUUAAGCUCACCGUAUCCAUUGAGACAUCUCACUGCGAGAGUUUUCUUGUCUUUGGUGAAUAUAUACCACGUUUCGUGGCUGCCUUCCCAAAGGCAUCGAUGUACUCUAUCUGGCGCUCGUUGUACAGUAAAUUUGUGUUCGCCUACGUGGCGGAUGAAUUGGGCGAAACAAUCUGGCAAGAUGACUUUUUUCAGGAGCAACCCAAUAUACUUUUUGUGGUGCGAAGCUAUUCGAAUGCAACGAGCUUUGAUCUGAAAACCAACAAGUAUGUGGGUCCAAGAUCGGAGCACCCAGAACAGUUGCAGUUGCUGGAUCGAUUUGAUGCUGUGGGAAAGCGCUUUCAACAUAAAAACAAACUAUUUCCCGAUAAAUUGAGGGAUUUGCAGGGAAGGGAACUUAUAAUAGCUGGUUUCGACUAUAAGCCUUACGCGAUCAUCAAGCAUCGGCACACCGAAAGCAAUGCACGUGAUGUCGCCCUUUCACCGGACUCGGAGUUAGCUGAUGUGUAUAUCGAUGGUACCGAAACACGAGUCGUACUCAACUUUUGUGAGCAAUUCAAUUGUACGGUGCAGAUUGAUACGUCUGAUGCCGACGAUUGGGGCAACAUCUAUACGAACAUGUCUGGAGAUGGAGCUAUGGGCAUGGUUAUAAAUCAUAAGGCAGACAUUUGCAUUGGUGCCAUGUAUUCCUGGUACGAAGAUUACACCUAUUUGGAUUUGUCCAUGUAUCUAGUGCGUUCGGGCGUUACUUGCCUAGUGCCGGCACCAUUGCGUCUGGCUAGUUGGUACUUGCCGCUGCAACCCUUUCAGUUCACCUUGUGGGCCGCCGUACUCAUUUGCCUUAGCAUCGAAACAUUGGGCUUGGUGCUGGCCCAUAGGAGCGAACGGAAGCUAUUUGUUACAGAGAAAGCCAAGAGUGGCUGGUGGAUCAGUUCGAAAUUUGGAUUGGUCACCACCUUUAAGCUAUUCAUAUCGCAGGCAGGCAACAGUAAUGCUCGAUCUGUAACGAUGAGGGUGCUGCUCUUCGCUUGCUUCCUCAACGAUAUUAUCAUUACAAGCAUCUAUGGGGGCGGUCUGGCCAGCAUAUUGACCAUUCCUAGCCUGAGCGAGGCGGCGGACACAAUGGAACGGAUGCGUACCCAACAACUCCAGUGGGCAGCGAACUCUGAGGCAUGGGUAUUGUCACUACGUGGCUCUGAUGAUCCUCUUGUGAAUGAACUCCUGGAUAACUAUCACACCUACAGCGAUGAACAAUUGUUGGACUUGUCGAAUCGGGUGCGAAUGGGAUUCACCGUGGAGCGUUUGCCCUUUGGCCACUUUGCCAUUGCGGAAUACGUAAAUGGACAGGCCAUUAAGCGGAUGGUUAUAAUGCAGGAGGAUCUCUAUUAUCAGUAUACAGUUGCGUUUGUUCCACGUUGUUGGCCACUCCUGGAGCGUUUCAAUGAUUUAAUUUAUCGCUGGCACUCGUCGGGCUUUGACAAAUAUUGGGAGUAUCGUGUUGUGGCUGACAAUCUCAAUGUUCAGAUACAACAGCACGUGGAGAGCACGAUGUCUGGAGCCGCUCAAGACGAUGUCAAUAUUGAGCCCGUCACAUUGGGCAUGUCCAAUUUUGUGGGCAUAUUGCUCGUUUGGGUUCUAGGUGUCACAGUAGCCUUAAUAGUUUUUGUGGCCGAAUUACUAGCAGCUAAAUUCGACUGGCAAAACUCAUGUGUCUUUAAGUAAAGCUACAGCACAUUAUGCGAUUCUAAAUAAUGUAGUCACAAUCAUUAAGUAUUGCCAGAUCGCUUUUGCGCAAUAUGUUGCAAUCAACAGAUUUCACUUUAUGUA